AUGUCUACAUUCAAGAUCCCCAAGAGGAAACGGCCUGCAGAUGAUGACGUCGCCUACGUGCACCGUUCACCGCUGUCCCUGUCCAGCUCUGCUGCAGACUUUCAGAAGAUGCGCAAACACACAGAAACCAGCAGCAAAUCAGAAAAGUCCACCGUCGACUCGAUUGAUCUGCAGCAGCUUCCCAGCAGGUUGAUCCAGUAUCCAGCCAGGCCAUGUAAGGGGAGUAUCACUGUGACAAAAGACGAUCUGGCGUGUCUGGAUGACGGCGUGUACCUCAAUGACGUCAUCGUCGACUUCUACCUCAAGUACCUUCUGGAAGGAGUAGGUGGCGCUGUGGCUGAGAGGAGCCAUGUGUUCAGCAGUUUUUUCUACAACCAGCUGAGCAGACGGCAAAACGCCAGCGAAGACGCCGCCAACUUUGUUUCUGAUCGCCACAUGAGGCACCAGAGGGUGAAGAGGUGGACCCGUAAUGUCGACAUCUUCAAGAAAGACUUCCUGUUUGUGCCUGUCAAUCAGUCCUCUCAUUGGUUCUUGGUGGUGGUUUGCUUCCCGGGACUGGAGGAAGUUCAGUCUGAGGUCCGACACAGGCCAGCAGUGGGAACCCUGACUGCAGCACUUCAGAAGCUGAGUGAGGAAACGACGUCUGGGUUUCAUCGUAAAUGUUACUGUGACGCUGGAGCAGAGCGAACAGGUGAAAAAGGAGCUGUCACUCCGACGUCCCAGCAGCCUCCGAUCUAA